AUGCGGGAUAUUGUGACCAACGUUUCUCCGAGGAUUGUGCGUGGAAUUACUUCAGGUCCCAUCUAUGGCCCAGGCCAAGGCUCUUUUCUAAACAUUGAACUGAUCAGCGAGAAAACAGCAGCAUACUGGUGUAAAAGUAUUACUGAACUGAAGAGUGACUUUCCAAAACAAAUCCUGAUUGCCAGCAUCAUGUGCAGCUAUAGUAAGGACGACUGGACUGAACUUUCAAAAAUGGCUGAGGCUGCUGGUGCAGAUGCACUGGAGUUAAAUCUAUCAUGUCCUCAUGGAAUGGGGGAGAGAGGCAUGGGUCUGGCCUGUGGUCAGGUAGGUUGCAACAGCAAUGUCUUUUGUGUCUCUUCAGCAGUUCUGCACCAACACGUUGCAAGUUAUACUUCAGGGGGAAGACACAAGCAGCAGAUUACUAGCCUGAGAUUUUUAGGUUGAAUGUGUUUAAAUAUU